AUGGCGGUAAGGGCUGGUCAAAUUCGAGGAGCUUGUGUGGGUAGUGGAGAGUUUCGGUUGUAUCAUCUUAUUUAUGCGGACAACGUGGUUUUUGUUACGGAUUUGUCUACCGAUGCUAUCCCUAAUAUGUCGAAAGUUUUAAAAGAAUUCCAAGACAUGUCAGGGUUAAAUAUAAACAUACAUAAGUCAACUAUUUAUGGAGUGGGGGUGGAGACUGAAGUUAUCGACCAAAUUACGGAACAAGCAAGUUGUGGUAAUGGAGUUUUACUGUUUACUUAUUUGGGUCUUUCAGUGGGAUCCAAUAAGAGUAAGAUUGAAAAUUGGGAUCAUCCAGUUAGCAAGUUUGAAAAUAGAUUUUCCAAAUGGAAAGCCAAUUAUCUUUUAAUGGGUGGUCAUCUAACUUUAGUUAGAUCGGUUCUUGAUAGUCUUCCCAUUUAUCUAAUGUCCAUGUUUUAG